GGCGGCGAGGAGCCGUCAAACGAAACCGAGGGACUCCCUUGCGUCAGCCUCGCCGCGAGCAGUAGCAGUUGGGGCUGUGACGUCACGGCUCCCGCCGGCCAAUGGCAGCAGCCGUUGGCUCGUGCGCCGCGCCAAAAGAAAACUAGACGAGUGGCAGCUCUCUGAUCCGUUCUCUCCCCGAGCGAGGUUGACCGCGGCGCUCAGACAGCUGUCUUGAACCAUUCAAGUUCGGCGGCCACGAUGGGCAAGCGGCUUCCCUGGCGGCGAUGGGCGCCGGCGCUGUGUCUGGCGAUCUGCCUGUUGUGUGUGGUGCAGCUGUGGUCCACAUUCUCGUGGACCAGACAUCGUGGCCUGCGGCCGAGGCUCGCUGGCGACGUGCUGGUGCGUGGACGCACCUACCAGGUGCACCUGCGAGAGCCGCUGCAUGCGCACCACUUGCGCGUGCACGAAGAGCGGGUGCGGGCCAACAGACUCGCCAAACCGCACCUGGUCGCCCGCAGGCAGAUACUCGAGGUGUCCAGUGGCGCCACCACGUCGGACUUUCUGGGCAGGGACCAGCAGGACGCCUGGCCUAACGUCACCUGCACCACGUGCUCGCUCGUCGGUUUCUCUGGACACCUUCUCCAGUCCGGCUUGGGGUCGGCUGUGGACGGCUCGGACUGCGUCAUCCGGCUGGGCUUGGCUCCUAGUCGGGGCUACGACGCCGACGUAGGGCAGAAAACAACCUUCAGGCUGAUCGACGCUGCCUCGUUGCACGAGGCGCAGCGCAAGCGGCACGCCACGAGUGCUCUGGGACCGGGCAGGCUGGUGGUGUUUGGGACGGCCCGACCGGACCGCUGGAACCCCAAGAAACUGCCGGGGCACGUGCAGCUGCUCCGGCUCAAACGUGCUGCUGAGCACAGGGCGGCCGCUAGCCUCGCCCAGUCGGCGCUCAGCCUCGGGUACGCGCUGUCCGGCACCGAGGCGUCCGGCCUCUGGCACGCCGUGCGACUCGUCGACAACGUUGGCUGCUCCAGCGUCCGUAUCUUCGGAGUCCCAGACCCAAAAGCUUGCAAGAGGCGCAAGGACGAUCCGACCCGGUCCAACUACUGGGCCCCAUGGUCAGCGGGCCAGUGCUCGGAAGGGCUGGACGCCGGCGCCAACCACGAUCCCCGGCUGCCGGACCCGAUGCAGCUGAGCCUGGCCGACCGGAGGGCCCUGGCCGGCUGGAUAUCCUCGCGGACUGUGCGCUUCGACGCGCCGCCGUGGCCCAGUGAACGGGGCUGAGGCCCCCGGCUCUGCAGCUCUAACAGUCGUGGGACGUUUCGGUAGUCCAGGAUCUCUGAAAGUCGUCGGACUGCGGCGGCCCGCGAGUUCGGACAGCCGUGGGACUUUUCGGUAGUCCAGUAUCUCUGAAAGUCGCCGGAUUGCGGUGGCCCGGGAGUUCGGACAGUCGUGGGAGUUUGCGGUAGUCCAGGAGUUUUGUCACUCGUGGGACUUUGCUGUAGUCCAGGAGUGCGGACAGUUGUGGGACUUUGCGGCAGUCCUGGAACUCUGCCCCGUUGAUUACCUGGAGCGGCUGGAGCGACUUUCAUCCAAACGAUGGACUCUUCUUUCUCCUUGGCUGCAGACCCCCCCGAUAUAUGAUGCACACUUUGGACCGAGCCUCGAGAGGCUUUGAGCUCCGUGUCGAAAACAAAGGACCCGUGAAGGAGGUGCUCGGGGGCCCAGCGCUCCCAGUCUGUGCGGCACCUGGUGUACAGUUUGCCAAAUGCUGUGCACUGUGCAGACUCUGAGGUGCUGCACAUUUCUUCCCGUCGCCUACAUCCUCCAGUGCCAACGCCUAUGCACCUUUGUUACACGUUAGCAGCUAUGUCUCCUGGGCGCGCCGCCAUCUUGCUACUGGUGUGUGCAGAGUGCCUGAUAGCCAAGCCUUACCAAGGCUUGCUUGCAGUUGACAGACUGGUAACCUAACAAAGCGUUUCCACCCACGGCGGCUAGACUAGCCUUCGAAGCGUGGCUGCUUGGAAACCUGUAUACUCUGCUCGAGCCAUAGACAAUGAUGUUCUUCAUGCUGUGCGUACACGGAUGAAACGGAAAAGCACGAUUGCUACAGCACACGGAGGAAGGGGGCCUUGGACGAGGGAAGCCGUUUUUGGACUCCGGCUUCCUCUCGACCAAGGGGGCGACAUAAGAUACCGGGGUUUGAGAAAACUGUGAAAUGUUGAAAAGGUGUCAUUUGUCGUUACGUGUGUCACACAACUGAUUGGAAUGCGUCAUGCUGUCUUUUGACCA